CGCUCUUGAGGCUACCUGACCGCUCGCCGUCGUGCUUGACCGUCUGUGCGUACCUUCGUUGUGCGGCUUAGACGACGCCGACGACAGAGACGAUACCCAGAGGAUAAUGCAAAUCAGUCCAGUCGCGCCCCCCGCCGACCACUGCUUCUUGCUCCACCCUUCCUCACGCACUUAGUCCUCCCUCUCUCUCUACCCGAGCCCCCCGCUACAUGUCUCCCUCUCCCCAGUCCCCCUGGCCUCAACCCACUCCCCCGCCCGCCCCUUCCUCAUCAAAACGCAGGAGAGCUCCAUCUAAUCCACACCACCUCCUCUCUCGCCAGACCAUCGUAGAUCAAUCAGACGUCGCUGCAGCCAUAGAAGAGUGCGCAAAUCAGAGUAACGAUGUCAUCUCUUGUUUUCCCACCUCCGACACAGUGGCCCCUCAACACGAAUGGGUCAAUUUCGUCUGGAACAGCAACAGGCCCCAGCUCACUCAAUCUGAGCUCGUCAAUAUCUACCUCUCCCGCGCUGACUCCGGCGAGACAGUUUUUGAGGCACUCAACACAUCGAACGUUCCAAACGGUCGUGGAACUGGGGGCUCUAUCAGGGCGCAAGUGAAUGAUUCUUGGUUUGGAUCCGACGCGCUCAACUGGUCCGGCACAAAUACCACAUUUCCCUUCGUCUGGGCCAUCGAGCGAGCUACACCUCUUGCAGGAGAAACAACAGAGACAGGAACCAUAUUCUCCGCCGUCCAGACGACAUUUGCCGAUGCCGUCACAUCCUCUGUGGCAUCAGCCUCUUCCGCUUCAGCUGCCUCAGCUGCCUCUGCCUCCUCCGCUUCUGCCGCCUCUGCAUCCGCUGCCUCCCAGUCCUCCAACUCCGAAUCCGACUCACCAACGGUGUCGGGGUCGAAUUCUCCUGGUGGGCCAUCGCAAUCAGGAUCUCCUGGCGGAGGUGCUGGUCUGCAGUCGGAUAACGGUUCUAGUUUCCCUCAUUGGGCCAUCGCCGUCAUCGUCGUCCUCGGUACACUGGCUCUCAUCGCUACGGGAAUCCUCAUCUGGCUGAUCGCUCGCCGGAUGCGGAGGAAUCGGACUCGCUCAGAUUCAGCACGUGGGUCAAUGGGCUCGUCCUCGCCAAUGAUACCGCCUAUCAUUACUACCAAUGCACCUCAGUCACCGCAAAUGGAACAGGCAGCUCUCGAUUCCAAUCGACCAGCAUCCCUAGCCCAACGGCCAGCAUCCCUCGUAUCUCCGGACGGCGCCUCCACGAUAUCCCACGCUCACUCGAGCGGCGACGGCCCAUUCUCGGGUGCAGACGCGGCAAUCAUGGCAGAUGCUUUCCGCAAGGCACUACGGAAACCUGACUUCGCUAGCCCAGCGAUUGAGGAGGGUGAGAGUCCGGACUCACAGGAUCGGGCUAGAGAGGCCGAACUUCUCAACAGAGAGCUCGCGGAAGAGGGCAGGGAUAUCCGGAGCGUUAGUUCAUCAAGAGGCGUUCGGGUGGAAACACUAAGCGACGGAGGGGAUACGAUCCAGGAUAGUCCUCAUUAGGACCCAGGCAUCACCUUCAACCUUUACUCCACCUCUGUUUUAGUCUCUUGUGUACGCACGCAUCGUCUUUUCUUGCCUCGCCUUUCAUUCAGGGUUCUCGGGUUCUUGUUCUGUAUUACAGCUUCCGUGCCAUCUUCACCUCAAAUUCAACCCUACCGCUGUCGCCCUCCUUGGCUUACAAACCACAGCCUCCCCACCAUCCACUUACACAUCUUGCUUGCGGCUACCUUUCUUUUGUGGCCCAUAUACUCUUCUACAUCCAUUCACCACUGCUGGGGCAACGGACCCGACUUCUACCUCAUGUUGUUUUUAUUCGUUUGCGGACACCGUUUUUCUUCUUCUUUUCCUUUUGAUUUUCCACGCGUCAUGCGUAUUCUUGUCACAUCUUUCGCCCUGCCGCGCUAUAAAUAUUCCUGUGGUACUCCCAACCAACUUCAUCCGUCCGUGUCUGUGACUCCCCGCGCUCAUUACCCUCCCUCGCACUCUCUACGUCUGUCGUCAUCUUACCUCGAUUCGCCAUCCCGCCCACGGUCGGUCGCCUCCGGAUAGGCCAAUGGCGUAGCUGCAUCAAGCUCAGCCCCUCUGCAACUUGUCAUGUCAUCCGGUUCUCAGCGUCGACGCCCACGACCACGCGUUUUAGGGCCAUUCAUUCAUACGGCCGUUCUCACUAGUUCCUCUUUGUUCUAUCCCACACCUCCUUCCAUCUUCGUUUUGAAUCAUCUUCAGCGUCCCAUCCAGGUCUUCCGCCAUCGAUCUUCCUUAUUUUUACCCACCUACCCCUUCUCGAAAGUCUGGCACCGUCGAAUCUGUCGAUCGCUUACGAACGCACGCACGCACUAUAAUACCAACUCGUCAGUGCGCGGGUGCGGUAUCUGCAUCCGUUCAUCGGCGCCUUACGCUCCUUUUGUACCUAUAUGUGGACGCACAUAACCAUUCUUCCGUGCAGUUUGCCGGUCGUUCGUCACAUCUCUUGAGUGGUCCCUGGUGCGAAAAGUGGGUGAACUGUGGGCGCGAGCAGGUCGCAAUGGUACUGCAGGGCCCGUGAUGGGGGAAUGGAUGCAUUCAGGAUAUUUCAUCGACGAUAGACCUUCUUUCCGAAUCUCGUUACCUCUAUAUACCUACGAGAGAGGGAGACAUAUGGGGCGAUAUUGGCGCUUGCGGUCGUCGCUCAUCUCGAGCUCCGGCCAUGCCCAAUACCUCGUUCUUGGACUCCAUGUAUCGAAACCAAUUAUACGAUUUCAAAGUCUCCUCCAUUUUUGUUUACCUUCAAUUAUUCAUUUUGUUUCGGCCUCCCGUUUUGCCCUUCCUUGUCGCUUAUGUUGUUUCGGACGCCCAGCUUUCGAAUUUUUCUCUCCUCACUUGCCCAUCACUUUCUAGCAGCUACGUUUUCUCUUUAAUUAUCCUCACAUUCUCUAUCGUUUUUACGCCCUUCCGCCCCAACAUCGGACAGAUUUUCUCCUGUCAUCUUCCAGCCCUGCCCGAU